ACGCACACGACAGAAAGAGAGGGAGAGACUGAGCGAAACCCUGCCAGCAAAGCGCAUGCUUGCGCGCCUGCAAUCAAGAGCGUGUGGGCGGGUUAUUUUGAACCGCGCCGCUGUAGAUUAUGUACUUCCAUAACAAUCCUCUCAGCUCAGAUCUCAGCACAUCCUCGGCUAGAAAGCCUCUGGGUUUUCUCUGUUAUGGAACAGAAGAAUGCAGUGCCAUCCUGGGUUAACCCGGCUCUGGUCAACUGGAGGCUGGACUCUUUCGGUAGUGAUGCUGGGCAGAGGGUUCAUGUGGAGUUUUAUGUGGACGAGAACACAUUUAAAGAGAGACUUAAACUUUUUUUCAUCAAAAACCAGAGAUCCAGUUUAAGGAUCCGAAUAUUCAACUUCUGCCUGAAGCUUUUGACAUGUGUUCUCUACAUCAUACGGGUGAUGACGGACAAUCCAGCCCAGCUUCGCCACACAUGUGUGAACUGCAGCUCACAGAACGACAUCAACUGGGAGCUGAUAUUCUGGGUUGACAGAAAGGUACCGGUGUGGGCCAUUCAGGUGAUUGUAGCGUCCAUCAGUUUUAUGGAGGCCAUGUUACUGACCUACCUGAGCUACAAGGGUAAUUUAUGGGAGCAGAUCUUUCAGGUGUCUUUCCUGCUGGAGAUGCUCAACACCGUCCCGUUCAUCAUCACGAUCUUCUGGCCUCCUCUCAGAAACCUCUUCAUCCCAGUGUUCCUCAACUGCUGGCUGGCCAAAUGUGCUCUGGAGAGCAUGAUAAAUGAUCUGCACAGAGCCAUUCAGAGGACUCACUCCGCCAUGUUUAAUCAGGUCCUGAUCCUCAUCUGCACCCUCCUGUGUCUCGUCUUUACCGGCACGUGUGGGAUCCAGCAUUUGGAGCGGGCAGGUAAGAAGAGUCUGUCGCUCUUCAACGCUCUGUAUUUCUGCAUCGUGACCUUCUCAACGGUGGGUUUCGGGGACGUAACGCCCCAGAUCUGGCCUUCUCAGCUGCUGGUGGUGGUGAUGAUCUGCGUGGCCCUCGUCGUGCUGCCGCUUCAGUUUGAGGAGUUGAUUUAUCUGUGGAUGGAAAGACAGAAAUCUGGAGGAAACUACAGCAGGCAUCGCGCUCAGACAGAGAGACACGUGGUUUUAUGUGUCAGUACUCUGAAAAUCGACCUGCUGAUGGACUUUCUCAAUGAGUUCUACGCUCACCCCCACACACAGGAUUAUUAUGUGGUCAUCUUGUGUCCGUGUGAAGUGGACGUUCAGGUCAGGAGGAUUUUACAGAUUCCUCUCUGGUCACAGAGGGUCAUUUAUCUUCAAGGCUCCGCCCUCAAAAACCAGGAUUUGCUGAGAGCCAAGAUGGACGAUGCGGAGGCAUGUUUUAUUCUUAGCAGCAGGAAUGAAGCGGAUCGCAUGGCAGCAGAUCACCAGACCAUUCUGAGGGCUUGGGCUGUGAAAGACUUCGCUCCAAACUGCCCUCUGUAUGUCCAGAUCCUUAAACCCGAAAACAAAUUCCAUGUUAAAUUUGCAGAUCACGUUGUGUGUGAGGAAGAGUUUAAAUACGCCAUGUUGGCUCUGAACUGUCUGUGUCCGGCCACUUCUACUCUGAUCACUUUACUGGUUCACACAUCUCGCGGACAAGAGGGCCAGCAGUCUCCGGAGCAGUGGCAGAGGAUGUAUGGUCGAUGUUCGGGUAAUGAGGUCUAUCAUAUCCGCCUGGGUGACAGUAUGUUCUUCAGGGAGUACAACAGCAAAAGCUUUACCUAUGCUGCCUUUCACGCUCACAAAAAGUACGGUGUGUGUAUGAUUGGUGUGAAGAGAGAAGAUAAUAAGAGCAUCUUGUUGAACCCUGGACCGCGACACAUCAUGUCUGCCAGCGACACCUGUUACUACAUCAACAUCACGAAAGAGGAAAACUCCGCCUUCAUCUUCAGACAGGAGGAAGACCAGGGAAAGGGGCGGAGCCACUGCGACUUUUUAAACAGCCCGUCAGGACUACCUGUUCAUAGCAUUAUUGCUAGCAUGGGAACGGUUGCCAUGGAUUUUCAGAACACCAGUCCCACUGAGAGCGGACUCAAACUGGCUCCGCCCACAGAGAACGAACUGGGAAGUCGACGACCAAGUAUAGCGCCCGUUUUGGAGAUUGCUGACUCCACCUCCUUACUGCCGUGUGACCUGCUGAGCGACCAAUCAGAGGACGAGGCCGGACACUCGAAUGAAGAUAUUACAGCCACUGAUUUUGUGAAAGGUUAUCCCCCGAACUCUCCAUAUAUUGGGAGCUCUCCAACCCUUUGCCAUCUUUUACCUCAGAAAGCCCCUUUCUGCUGUUUACGGCUUGACCAGAGCUGUGAGCAUGUUUCCUUUGAAGACGCAAAAGCAUACGGCUUCAAAAAUAAAUUAAUUAUCGUUUCUGCGGAGACGGCUGGAAACGGCCUUUACAACUUCAUAGUGCCUUUAAGAGCCUAUUACAGGCCCAGAAGAGAACUCAACCCUAUAGUCCUGCUGUUAGACAACCUACCCGAUGACCACUUCCUUGAGGCCAUAUCCUGCUUCCCAAUGGUGUAUUAUAUGGGUGGCACCAUUGACAACUUGGACAGCCUAUUGCAGUGUGGCGUUCUGUAUGCUGAUAAUCUAGUGGUUGUUGACAAAGAAAGCACGAUGAGUGCAGAGGAAGACUAUAUGGCUGACGCUAAAACCAUCGUCAAUGUGCAAACCAUGUUCAGGUUGUUUCCGAGUCUCAGUAUAAUCACAGAACUGACUCACCCGUCCAACAUGAGAUUCAUGCAGUUCAGAGCGAAGGACUGCUACUCGCUCGCCCUGUCCAAACUAGAGAAGUUUUGUAAUUGGAAUAUUGCCAAAUGUGUGUUCGAUCAACAGAAGGAACGUGACAAAGGCUCAAAUCUGGCCUUCAUGUUUCGCCUUCCCUUUGCUGCUGGCCGAGUCUUCAGUAUCAGCAUGCUGGACACACUCCUGUACCAGUGUUUUGUGAAGGACUACAUGAUCCCCAUAGCCAGAUUACUGCUGGGAUUGGACACCACACCUGGAUCUGGAUACCUGUGUGCUAUGCACAUAUGUGAGGCUGAUCUCUGGAUCCGCACAUACGGGAGACUCUUCCAGAAGUUCUGCUCAUCCAGUUCAGAGAUUCCCAUCGGAAUCUACCGCACAGAAUCACACGCACCACCUGAGCUUCAAAGCUCAGUCAGCAUAGACGGUUUAAACGACACUAGAGAGAAAGGCGAGGAGUCAAAGAUCCUCACCCGGAGCUCCUCAAGCAGCGACCAAUCAGAUCACCCACUGCUGAGAAAGAAGAGCAUGCAUUGGACAAGACGUCUCAGUAGGCGGAGUGUAAAGCGGAGCGACUCCUCCCUCAGCUCCAUCCAGCAGCGUCUGGGUGUGUUACGGCGCUCUGAGAGGGAGGAGCUUACUGAACUGGUCAGAAACCGCAUGCAGCAUUUAGGCCUGCACACUGGCGGAUACAAAGAUGUCACAAAUUUAACAGCCAGUGAUGUGAUGAAUCGGGUUAAUUUGGGCUAUUUGCAAGAUGAGUUGAAUGACCAGCAGAACUCCAUCUCAUAUGUGCUCAUAAACCCCGCCCCCGACACACUGCUGCAGCUCAAUGAUGUCGUGUUUUUGAUUCGUCCGGAUCCACUGGCUCACGUACCUGAAGCUCCGCCUGGACAGAAGCGCCGCUGCCGCUCCACCACAGACACACCAGAACUCAACUAGAUUAAACCGGUCAGACGGAGAACUAGAUCAUUUACUAAAGGAGAUUUAAAGCCAUGGAUUACAACGAGUGAUAUAAGCUAAUGUAGGCACAAAUAAGCUAUAACUUCAAAUUCAAUAUUAGUGAUACAUUAGUCUGAACACUGCAUAUAAAUACAUACAGUUAAGGUCAGAAUUAUUAGCCCCCUGUAUGUGUUUCCCAGUUUCUAUUUA